AUGCAUCCUAUAGUGGCACAACCAACAAAACCAGUUUCUUAUGUGUUCACUCAUUUUGAGACAUCUCCUGAGGCAACUGGAAUACAUAGCAAACCUUAUGCAGUUAUACUAUCAAUACUUCUAAGCAGCUACAAUCUAUUAGGAUAUGACACUGCAGCUCAGCUAACAGAGGAAACAAAAAAGGCAGAUAGAACUGGUCCUAUUGCUAUUCUUUCUAGUAUUGGGAUCGUCUCCAUAUUUGGAUGGGCUUAUUAUUUAGCUCUUACCUUCUGCAUUCAUGAUUUUAACUAUUUAUUUGAUGUGAACAAUGAGACAGCCGGUGCAUUUGUACCAGCACAGAUUCUUUAUGAUGCUUUCCAUGGGAGGUUUAUUAAUAAUCCGGCUGGAGCUAUUGUGUUUCUAUGUAUCAUCUGGUUGUCAUUCUUCUUUUGUGGACUUCCAGUUAAUACUAGUGCUGCCAGAGUAGUUUAUGCUCUAUCGGGGGAUGGAGGAAUCCCAUUUUCAUCAAUAUGGAGAAGAGACAGAGUUCACCAAAAGCGCAAGGUUCCAGCAAAGGCUGUGUGGCUCUGUGCAGCUAUCAGCAUUAUGCUUGGUCUGCCCAUCUUGAAACUUGACGUAGUUUACAAUGCUAUCGUUUCCUUAAGUAUAAUUGGAUGGGUGGGAAGCUAUGCUAUCCCAAUUUUCGCCAGGCUAGUCAUGGCAGAGGAACAUUUCAAACCAGGACCUUUCUAUUUGGGUAAAGUAAGUAAGCCUAUACGCUUGGUUGCCUUCAUGUGGAUAUGUUUUACCUGCUCAACCUUCUUAUUGCCAACAACCUACCCCCUCCAAUGGACAACUUUCAAUUACACAUCAAUAGCCCUCGCUGUAGCGUUGACACUGAUAAUGAGUUGGUGGUUCUUGGAUGCAAGAAAAUGGUUCAAGGGACCGGUAAAAGAAUUAGAGCAACAAGAUGAAGACAUUUGAAAUUUUGAAUGUUUUUCAAUUGCUAAGUUGAUUAGAUGUUGAACCCUAGUAUAACAUAAGAUGCACCUCCACUUUGUUUUUCUCUUUCCAUCAGUUCAAUUUUUGUUUGAGUUAUAAACCAU